UGGGAGGGGUCAACGCACACCAGUUCGCUCCUGACCCGGCCGCCUGGAUUGCGCGUUGGGGGUGGGGCUAGGGGCGCUGGUCGCUGGGGUGGUUGAGGCCCUGGCCCCGACCCGGAGCUGGAGCCGGUCGCGGCGGCUGGCUGACCCGCUGACCCGCCCUGUGUGUGUGUGUCACCCUGUGUGUAUGUGUGUGCCCGCUUAGGCAGACAUGGAGAACUGUUUGGCGGCCGCGGCGCUGAACGGGGUGGACCGGCGUUCCCUGCAGCGCUCGGCUAAGCUGGGUCAAGAAGUGCUGGAGCGGGCUAAGAGGAGGGCGGUGGACUGGCGUUCCCUGGAGCUCCCCCAAGGCAGCGUAGGGGUCUUUUCCCCGGAGCGGCCCUACCGAGAAAGAUGGCCCCCAGCUGGCCCCCAGCGCCUUCUCCCAGGAGAGAGAGAAGAAAGACGCCCAACCCUCAGUGCUUCCUUCAGAACAAUAGCAGAAUUCAUGGACUAUACUUCAAGUCAGUGUGGGAAAUAUUAUUCAUCUGUGCCAGAGGAAGGAGGGGCAACCCACGUCUAUCGUUAUCACAGAGGGAAUUCACAGCUGCACUUGUGCUCGGAUCUGGGGAAUGGUCAGAGAAAAGAAAUGUCCCUUGGUUUUGGAGGCAUCGGUCAGGCCAAGGAGUGUGUGCUGGAGGCACCCCAGCCUGCUGAGGACAUCUCUAAGGACCUCUACAUAGAAGUCUAUCCAGGCACCUAUUCUGUCACUGUGGGUGCAAACGACCUAACCAAGAAGACUCACGUGGUGGCAGUUGAUUCAGGACAAAGUGUGGACUUGGUUUUCCCCAUAUGAUGUUGAUCGUCACUUUACCUUUUUUUAAGUAGCAAGGAGAAAGAAUAAAGCCACUAUACGAUUCUUAUAAUAUUUAUACAUUAAUCCUGCUCUCGGGGCUGACUGUAAAGGGUCAGCUUCCCUGGGCACUGGAGCUUGUCUCUCUCGGUGCCUAUUUUAACCUGAAAGUGCAGAAGUCUUCUCACCCUCUUUUGCCUGAAAGUAAUAAUGAUGCUGCCUGAAUAGUUUUCUACUGCUUGCUUUCCAAGUAAAUGUUAAUUAUGAUAAUAAAGGGAGAGAUUUGGAAAUAAAGAGAAUUCCUUUUUAUUGGUAUGAAGAGCAAUAAAAUGUCAUUCGUGUACAACUACAGGCUUUAUGAAAAGGUGUCAGAGGGUCUAUGGACACAUUUGCCCAAAGCAGGCCGACCACAGCCUGUAACUUCUGUGAACAGCAUCCUCAGGCUCAGCUCAGCAGGCAGGGAGCCCUGGCCAGGGCCCGCAGCACUCCUGCGCCCCUUAUGACAGGUGCCUCCUGCCGCCCAUCGCCAGGGAUGUCUCAAUGGGGUGAAGAUGCUGCUGCUUAUUCAACGGUCAUCUGUGGCCUGCACUUUACUCCAUCCACUGAAGGCUUUGCCAUCUGCUUUAACUCUUCCUCAGGUAUUCACUCACUCUCUUUAACUUCCUGUAAGAGAAAAAAUCUUGAGACUUAUGCUGACUGUAAUUUUAAGGAUCAAAAGUCACUGAUUUAAAAAGUCAGCCUGGCCCUGCCCGGUUUGGCUCAGCAGU